AGCAAGCACGGCAAUACGCUUCACUUGCCCUGAGCUGUUGCCACUUCAGAAAGUAGAAAGUGCAAACUUCCAGUCACGAGUGCUUCUUUUAAUUUGUAGCGAAGGUGUUGACGGACGGUAGACGCAAUGCUUGUAGGCCAGCCCUCCCGGGAUCGGGCCUGCAAAAGACUAUUCAGACGCUGGAAGCUACUCAACGGCCUGCUUGGGCCGACAUUAGAAGACGAAGCUCACUGUGGUUUUGCAAGUGCAUCACGAAGCUCAUUGCGGCCUUGUGAUCGCAUGGCGAAGUCUUUAGGCGUCUCCAAGCGCAGCUCGCGCCGAGCAUCCCCUCGCCGGAAAAAAAAAAUCGAAAGGGCGCGUCAUCAAACGAGGUCUGCGGCGCCAUCGACGCCGUCCCGAGGAGUGACGCCCAGCUCCAUCAGCGGUCAAUGUGCUCACGAGCAAUCUUUGCGCAGCCGGCGGGUCGGGAAGACGCCAGCGGCUUGGCUGGACGCCUUUGCCAAGGGACCAAACGCAAGCGCUCUGACGACCUGGCCUUCACUUUGCAGACUUUAUAGACGAAGGCUGGCAGAGUGUGCACAAGAUGAGGCGAUCCCGCGCUCCUCAUAGUACCUCGCCGGAACUCUUUGAAGUUUGCGCGCGGGUUUGCCAACGUAGAUCGGACGCGGCAACGAGUACGAAGCACGUACGUUCAGGACAGCGGGGACAAUGCCUGCUGACAAGAGGAGGCCGGCAUCGGCCGGGCUCUUUGCGACAACAUUCGUGAUUGUUGGCGAAAGAGCGCGGCGCAACUCAAAUUGCGAGCCGCAUCAUGAAGAGCGUCCCCAUCGGACCCGUACCCCGGGGCGACGCCCACUCAAAA